AUGGCGCUCGCGACUGGGCACGUUGCCGGCCAGUUGCGGCACCUCAUCUACUACCACCUCGACAACAACCUGAUCCGAAACGCUCUCUUCCUUGCUGGUCGUCUUCAUGCCUACGAACCGCGAUCUUUCGAAGCCCAGUACCUCCUUUCCCUCUGUCAUCUUCUCGGUGGCGAAGUCAAGGCCGCCUUGGAGUGCAGCCAGAGCUCUGGCUCGCGGGGCCUGCAUGCAGGUUGUGCAUAUGUCUACGCUCAGGCGUGUCUGGAUUUGGGGAAACACUUCGACGGCAUCACGGCACUGGAACGCAGCAAAAGUCUUUGGGGCUCAAAAAACCACUGGAAUAAACACAGUGAAACACACCGACAACAUCUACCGGACGCGGCGGCGGUCUUCUGCUUACUUGGAAAGCUAUGGCACGCUCAUAAAGACUUGAAUAAGGCGGUGGAUUGCUAUGUGGAAGCUCUGAAACUCAAUCCGUUCAUGUGGGAUGCCUUCCUCGGACUGUGUGAAACGGGCGUCAAUAUCCGCGUUCCUAAUAUCUACAACCUCAGCCCGGAGCUCCUCGCCAUUAUAGCUUCGUCGUCCCCGGAGGAAAAGGAUACCUCGUCGGUGCAUCCCGCACCAGGUGAAGGACCGUUUUCUGUGCAAACAGCCAGCAAUCCCAGUGCCGAUCCAUUUAUGGUUCCUACAUCUCGCGUCGAUUCCGAGACCACCUUUGGAAGCUCCGCUCUUUGGGAGAAACUGAAUGGCAGCUCGGUUAGUGUUGCAACUGUUGCCCAACCUGCCAUUCAUGAGGGAGCUCAGACACCCCAGAGCAGUGGAUCUGAAGAGUUCCGCAUUGCGAAUGGAGUCACCGACCCAGAGUCUGCAUGGGAGCCCCCACUGGCUCCAGCCAGGAAGAACCGCACUAUCCAAACUCUCAACAUGGACCAUCCCGUAAAUCCUCCACCAAAAAUGCGGCCCACGGGCAUUCGACCACGGCCCAAAUCUCAAAUUGAAUCAGACGACCAACCGACAGAACGUGAACCUCCGCCUGCACCCAGAAUUGCAGAUCGCAAACGUACCGUCUCUGGCCAGGUGGCUCACCCUCAGGCUCAACAACCAACGGAACCAGGAGCUCCGCAACGCCGGAGCGUGCGAUUGUUCAAUCAAAUCAAGCCUACCACGAGCAAACUCUCCAAUACAACACUAACCGGAAGGGAUGGACGGGAAAUGAAAAAGAUUCGGGGUAUCAGCUCAAGGAGCCGUCCUGGAACCACUUCGACUGUUGGCCGCGUCGUGAGCGGCAACCGGAAACCCAUGGAGGCCACAGAUGCCGAUGGCAAGGACAAUCGCCUGACGUCGGUGCCACCCGUCCCACCUUUGCCCAGGAAUCCCGAGAAGUCCAAGGAUAUUGAGGCCUUGAAUUGGCUUCUGGGGCUUUUUAACAAACUCGCCUCUGGCUAUUUCGCUUUGAGCCGGUACAAGUGCCCAGACGCGAUCCAGCACUUUAGUUCGCUCUCCCAGGGUCAACGUGAAACGCCUUGGGUUUUGUCUCAGCUUGGUCGAGCGUACUUUGAGCAGGCCAUGUAUGCAGAGGCUGCCAAGUAUUUCUCUCGGGUCCAGAUUGUGGCGCCCUCCCGGCACGAGGACAUGGAGAUCUAUUCGACUGUUCUGUGGCAUCUGAAAAGCGAUGUCGAGCUGGCUUACUUGGCGCAUCAGUUGCUUGAGUCUGACCGGCUGUCACCGCAAGCGUGGUGCGCCAUCGGCAAUUCAUUCUCCCACCAGCGGGAUCACGACCAGGCUCUGAAAUGUUUCAAGCGGGCAACGAUGCUAGACCCGGAGUUCGCCUAUGCGUUCACUCUCCAAGGACACGAGUAUGUUGCCAAUGAAGAAUACGACAAGGCUCUUGAUGCCUACCGGCACGGAAUCAACGUGGAUAGCCGGCACUACAACGCAUGGUACGGACUUGGUACGGUGUACGACAAGAUGGGCAAGCUUGACUUUGCCGAGCAACAUUUCCGCAACGCUGCCAGCAUCAACCCGACAAACGCAGUGCUCAUCUGCUGCAUCGGGUUGGUUCUCGAGAAGAUGAGUAACUCGCAAGGCGCCCUGAUCCACUACAGUCGGGCGUGCUCACUCGCACCGCAGUCGGUGUUGGCUCGGUUCCGCAAAGCCCGCGUACUCAUGAAGCUGCAAGAGUACAAGUAUGCUCUGCAGGAGUUGACGAUCCUCAAAGAUAUCGCGCCCGACGAGGCGAACGUGCAUUACCUGCUCGGCAAACUGUACAAAAUGCUCAAGGACAAGGCCAAUGCAAUCAAGCACUUCACGACGGCCAUGAAUUUGGAUCCGAAGGCUCAACAGUAUAUUAAAGACGCAAUGGAAUCCUUGGAGGAUGAAGAGAUGGAAGAUGACGACAUGGCUUAG